UGCAGCCGGUCGGACGCACGCGUCCCAUACCUGCAUAGAGCUCCCUGCAUUAUUGAGGACCGUCCCUUAUCGAACGUCGCAAUAUCCCGCGCGCACUGCACCAAGAGGGAGACGAUACCGAAAAUAAUUCACUUUACUUCAACCAAAAAUAUUAUAAAGUCCAGUACUUCACAACCAUUAAUCGAAAUGUUUGUCAAAAGAAUGCGACCAGUAAGGUUCCUCCUCCUUCUGUGCGCACUUUGCCAUCUGACCCUGGCUUACCCCGCCCAAACAGAAUACUCAGAAGAUGACAACCGACAACUCCAGGUCACCAUCUCCAAGGCAACCCCGAUUUCCACUGCACAGCUAGGAGGCUCCAUCACAAUCCCAUGUAUGGUGUCCCUUUCCCCUGGGCCCCCCUCGUCCUCCUCGCCCCCCAUCCCGCCCCGGGUCAAGUGGAGCGUGUUGCAUGAUGGGGAGCAGGAGGAGACAGAGAUCCUGGUGGCGCGGGGUCAAAGGGUGAAGGUCAACGAGGCCUAUGGAGAACGAGCUUCCCUGGUCAACUUUGCAGACUCGCCCGAGGACCUCUCCCUCUGGCUGGGGGAGCUGCGCUCAACAGACACAGGGCACUACCGUUGCGAGGUGCAGCAGGGCCUGGACGACGCCAGCGACUUCACACAGAUCAAGGUCAAAGGUGUGGUCUUCCACUACAGACAUGCCUCUGGUCGCUAUGCAUUUUCGUUCAGUGAGGCCCAGGCGGUGUGCGAGAGCAUUGGGGCACACAUCGCUACUCCCGACCAGCUUCUGGCAGCCUAUUACGAUGGCUAUGAGCAGUGUGACGCCGGCUGGCUCGCUGACCAAUCUGUCAGAUAUCCAAUCCAAGUUCCCCGGGAAGGUUGCUAUGGUGACAUGGAUGGUCGCCCGGGAGUGAGGAACUAUGGGACGCUGGAACCAGAGGAGCUGUUUGAUGUGUAUUGUUAUGUGGAGCAUAUUGAUGGGGAGGUGUUCCAUGGCUCUGCCCCUAAGCAGCUGUCAUUGAAUGAGGCUUGGGCGUACUGCGAGAAGGAAGGGGCAGAGCUGGCUACCACAGGGCAGCUGUACAUGGCAUGGAGUGAGGGUCUGGACCGCUGCAACCCUGGCUGGCUGUCUGAUGGCAGCGUGCGCUACCCCGUCAUCACCCCUAGAGCGCGCUGUGGAGGUCCACAGGCAGGGGUCAAGACCCUGUAUCGCUACAGCAACCAGACAGGCUUCCCUGAAUCCUCCAGCCGCCAUGAUGUUUACUGUUUCAGAGGUAAUGGGAAUCCUCACACGGAUGCCCCCAUGGACUACAUGGCCACUGAACCAGAGGAUAUCGGACAAGAUAUUGUUGUUCUUAUGGAGCCUGCCGAGGAGCUCCAUCCGAGCCUGGAUCCAGAGCAAGUGGAGCGAGAGGCCCAGAGUGUCCUGCAAUCCCUCCCCGUCUUCCAGUCAGCUCCUGCUCGGGAGGACCUGCAAGGAUCUCCCCCUACUUCCAUGUCAAGCACAGAGGUCCCACUCACCCGUACAGCUUCCACCCAGGACCUCUUCCAGCCUUUUGAUGAGACUUCACUUCCUGUAGAAGAAUACUACCACUCCCAGCAUCCUACUUCACUUCCUAGCACCUCCAGUGUGCCAGACUCCCUUCACGAAGAAAACUAUCACUCCCAGCAUUCUACUUCACUACCCAGCACCUCCAGUGAGCCAGACUCCCUUCACGAAGGGGACUAUCACUCACAUAAUUCUACUUCACUUCCCAGCACCUCCAGUGAGCCAGACUCCCUUCACAAAGGAGAUUAUCACUCACAUAAUUCUACUUCACUUCCCAACACCUCCAGUGUGCCAGACUCCCUUCACGAAGGAGACUAUCACUCCCAGCAUUCUAGUUCAUUACCCAGCACAUCCAGUGAGCCAGACUCCCUUCACGAAGGAGACUAUCACUCACAUAAUUCUACUUCACUUCCCAACACCUCCAGUGUGCCAGACUCCCUUCACGAAGGAGAGUAUCACUCCCAGCAUUCUAGUUCAUUACCCAGCACAUCCAGGGAGCCAGACUCCCUUCGCGAUGGAGAAUAUCACUCCCAGCAUUCUACUUCACUUCCCAGCACCUCCAGUGAGCCAGACUCCCUUCACGAAGGAGACUAUCACUCACAUAAUUCUACUUCACUUCCCAGCACCUCCAGUGAGCCAGACUCCCUUCACGAAGGAGACUAUCACUCACAGAAUUCUACUUCACUUCCCAGCACCUCCAGUGUGCCAGACUCCCUUCACGAAGGAGACUAUCACUCCCAGCAUCCUACUUCAUUACCCAACACCUCCAGUGUGCCAGACUCCCUUCACGAAGGAGACUAUCACUCCCAGCAUCCUACUUCUUUACCCAGCACCUCCAGUGAGCCAGACUCCCUUCACGAGGAAGAUUAUCACUCCCAGCAUCCUGCUUCAUUACCCAGUACCUCCAGCGUGCCAGACUCCCUCCACGAAGGCAACUCCAGUUUCUACCGACUCGAACUGGAAACGAGCCCAGAAUUCCCAGAGCCGUCCUACAAGCCACACAUACAUUACCAGCCGAUGCCAGAGAUGAACCCGGAGGAACCCGACUACCAGCAGUCAGGCUCUUCUAAGCACUUCCAGCCAAUGCCAGAGACCAACCUGGAGUUGGAUCAACUGGAAGCCAACUACAGCACAACAGCAGGUAACCAGAGUCAUCGGGAGAAUGCACAAGAGACUACCAACAUGGCCUUUGACCCCAUAGAGAAUGCUACCGGGGCACGUGACCCCACCGCAGAGAGAAGACACAAAGAGGCGAUCGUGGGAGAACUUGAAGAGACAUCCAUCUCGACCGAAUCCCUGGGUGAGCUUGAUCCUCACCCAGUCUGGUCUACACUCUCCCCCCACGGAAGGGCAACCUCAGUGUGGUUGCCCUUGGAUGGAUCUGGAGAUAUGUCCCAAGAGAUUGACCUAGGUGUCCAGCAGGGAAUGCACACAGACAGAUCCCCCACCUCUGAACCCUCUGACUUCACCACUCACAUGUCUGCCUCCCCUGGAGCCACCAGCAUCUCCAAUGAGCAGCAGACAGGAGUGCCACAUUCAAGCAGCAUCUCAUCUGGACUGGAUCAUUCUGAGGAGCUGGGACUGGAUGUGUACUCCACAGUAGCUGUGUACUCCACAGUAGGCCGUCCACCAGGAACCUCCCAGGGCACUUCCUCCGCUAUACCGGAAGGCAGCACCAGUCUAGAUUUCGAGGGUAUCGUCAAUCCAGAGAGAUUGGAACCUUCAGGAGCAGUGGAGCUGGCACCAGGGGAGUCUGAUGAGGAGCACCUGGGGUCUGGAGUGGAAAUACCUACGACUGAGUCUCCAGACCUGUCCACCACCUCCCAGCUGCCUGUCGAGUUUACCACAAUGGGCUAUCAAACAACGGCCAUGUCCAGAAUAGAGGUGGAUCCCACAACCACGGACCCUGAAGAAGACGGAAGUGGACAUGAGCCAGGCACUGAUGAACCGUCCCUCGGAGAAAAAGUUACAGUCUUCCCCCUUGAGUCGCAAACAACCAGUUGGGAUCUGCACCGUACCACCUCUGCACCCCAAGAGUCUCAGGACGACCUUGAAUACAGCGGGGAACCCGCUUCCUCCUCUUCCCAGACAGAGUUUCCAGACUCCUCAGCAGAACCUGAACUGUUUGUGUCAGACUCCUUGUCCACCUCAAGUACAGAUCCCACCACUGCCACUAUGUCCACAUCCACCGUGUACACAUCCACAGAGUGGGCCACACAGACCUGGAGCCCCGUCACCUCCACUACACAAAGUCCCCCAGAGCCAGAGAGGGUGACGGCUCUUAAACCCCCUGUGGAUCAUGGCCAGAUGGAUCUGGAAUUCGGCCUCACCCAGCCGCCAACCCUGCUCAUCUUGCCCAAUGAGAGAGCUGCUGUGGGCAGUUCCAGGAAGAUUUCAGAUGCCUGUCUGGACGACCCCUGUGCCAACGGCGGCACCUGCGUCGAGAUGGGCGGGAGCACCAAAUGCCUCUGUUUGCCCAGCUAUGGAGGUGACCUCUGUCAAAUGGAUCUGGAGCAGUGUGGGGGGGGCUGGCAGAAGUUCCACGGGAACUGCUACAAGCACUUCAACCAGCGGCUGAGCUGGGAGGUGGCGGAGCAGCACUGUCGCAUGGUGGGGGGCCACCUGGUGUCAAUCAUAACCCCUGAGGAGCAGGACUUCAUUAACAAUAACUAUAAGGAGUAUCAGUGGACUGGACUGAACGACAAGACCAUCGAGGGGGAUUUCCGCUGGUCCGAUGGUAACCCAUUGCUCUAUGAGAACUGGUACAGGGGCCAGCCUGACAGUUACUUCCUGUCUGGAGAGGACUGUGUGGUGAUGGUGUGGCAUGAUGCCGGGCGCUGGAGUGAUGUGCCCUGCAACUACCACCUGGCCUACACCUGCAAGAAAGGCACCUCUUCAUGUGGCCCUCCCCCCAAAGUCCGGAACGCAUCUGCGUUUGGCAGAAUCCGCCAGAGGUACGAGACAGACGCCAUUGUGCGCUACUACUGUGCCCAGGGCUUCCAGCAGAGACAAACCCCUCUGGUCAAGUGCCUGCCAGGUGGCAAGUGGGAGGAGCCCCAGAUCCUCUGCAUUCCUGGGGCAGGAAACACAGCACAGGUAUCAGGAGUAACAUCACCAACAACAGGAAACCAGGAGCUGACUGAAGAGGAAUCAUAAACAAAGAAAACGCCUCAAUACUGUGACAUCAAUUGGAACUUUUAAAUUCCAUACCAUGUACCAUUACACUUCAAGAGUUUUCUUUCUUCAUUGACCAGAGAUCUGAAAUGGCUGAACAUGUGAAGGCAAUAUUGUGAUCUUGAAAGGAGACAAGGAAAGAGUAUUGGGACACAGGGUCAGUUUGGCAUACAUACAUUCCUACUCCUCAUCGAAGCACAUCGAUCUGAAUCUGUAGUCGGGAUAGCCUGGGCUUUAGGGUCUCUUGCAGCCCUACAUAGGAUGCCAUGAAUUGCAAUGGUGUGCUAGAAUGCGGAACACGGAACAUUUUCCGUGAAAAGUCCUUGGGCUUUCCGAAAAUCCUGUCACUGACGCAUGUCUAUUAUCAGUAACUCCUUGUCCAUCCAUCCGGAUUGUACACUAUAUAUAUAAAAGUAUAUGGACACUGCUUCAAAUUAGUGCAUUUGGCUUUUUCAGCCACACCCAUUGCUGACAGGUGUAUAAAGCACACCGCCAUGCAAUCUCCAUAGACAAACAUUGGCAGUAUAAUGGCCUUAUUGAAGAGCUAAGUGACUUCCAACAUGGCACCGUCAUAGGAUACCACCUUUCCAACAAGUCAGUUCGGCAAAUUUCUGCCCUGCUAGAGCUGCCCCGGUCAACUGUUAGUGCUAUUGUUGUGAAGUGGAAACGUCUAGGACCAAAAACAGAUCAGCCACAAAGUGGUGGGCCACACAAGCUCACAGAACAGGACAGCCAUGUGCUGAAGCUCCAACUGUGUUAGACAGUGGUAGGAUACACGGUAGCUCGUCUUGAGACAAUUUGGUUCAGACGGUUUCUUUAACGAUAUCCACACAUUGUACAAUCAAGAAGGACGGACAAGGAGUAAUGGGUUAUAAAUAUGCCUUAGGUAGCAGAAUUUUUGGAAACCUGGAUGCCAAAGGAUUUUUCACCAAAUAUGUCCCGGGCUCCAAAUUAUAGCGAUCUAGGAUGCCAUUGCAUUCAAUGUGCGACGUCAACUGUAGGCCCAGGACUCUUGUUGGUUUUAAACAGCCGUCAUCACGCUAACGGUGUCAAUCAUUGUUUAUGGACUAUUAUUGGCAAAUCAGCUUUAUAAAUCCACCCAUCAUAUUUUAAACAACAGCUGGUCUGUUUGCAAUUCCAUUCAUAUUCCAUCAGCUGAGGACUACCUGGGGUCUGUUCAGGAGGGGGAAUGUUACAGAACGUUCAGAUAGAAAUGUAUUGUGUAGAAUGGAUAUGAUUGUCCAGCCUGGCCUCAGAGCCAUAUUAAAUAUACUUGAUGUAUUUCUGAGCACCUCCAAGACGUAUGAUACCUACUAAUGGUCUAGUUACUUGAGACAGAAACUCAAGUAGGGAGGUUGGUCGGGGAGGAUGGGUGGGCGUAAUCCGCGACAAUCUAGCAAUCCAAGAUUUUGCAUGUGUGAGCCGCAUCAGGGUCAUCUGUAGCAUUUUAGCUAACCCUUAUUCUAAACUUUACCCAAUUCACCUAAUCUGCUAUCUAAAUUCACCUAACCUUUGUCGUUUUAGUUCUCCUAACUUUUGUCGUUUUAGUUCUCCUAACCUUUGUCGUUUUAGUUCUCCUAACUUUUGUCGUUUUAGUUCUCCUAACCUUUGUCGUUUUAGUUCUCCUAACCUUUGCCGUUAGUUCCCCUAACCGCCCAUGUAAAUUCUCCCUGUAAUUCUCCUUUGCUGUUACAGCGCAACAAGGAACCUGGCCUCAGAUUAAGACCUGCAAUACUAUACGUCCUCCGAGACGUAUGAUAAGUUACGUCACCCAAUUCGUAUGUUUUGUAUGACCGGGUAACACCUAUGACACUGUACGUCCUCUAAUUCGAAUGAUAUUGUACGACUGCUAUUCCAUUUAAAAUCUAAUGCAACGUGUCAAACUAAAUUGAGUCUUAGACUGUCACAAAUGUACGUACAGAAUCAUAUGAAUUGCCCUGAGACCACAUUGGAUUGCCUGUAGACUUGGGGACGAAUGUAGUUCUAUUAAUAAUAUUUCUACCUGCAAUGUUUUUGAACCUUUUUGUCUCACCGAGUACACUCCAGGACAGGUGAGUCAUUAUUGGGAUGUUUGGUUGAGUGUCAGGGAAGACACACAACUGACUCUGUGGUCCAUAUCCAAACCUGUCCCACGUCACAACCUCUAGGUCCUUUGAGUCCCCUUCAUAGAACUAAAAAGGACUGUAUAGGUGUACACAAUAUUGUGGGAACUCUGCCAAGCCUACCAGAGGACUAUGUGAGGCUAUUACCACAUUGCUGAUACCAAUCCAAAUAUUUUAGAUCCACAAGGUGACUUGACAAAGUCUUUAGAAAUGAAGCAAUGGUUGGUUUGGAAAUGGAGCAUCAAAAUCUCUGUCCUCCUAGGAACCCAUAUCAACUCUUCAACUCAGCAUUAUUUCCAUCUCAACUUUCUCACAACCAUAGAUAGGCCUUCUUAGACUUUUAUAAUCAACCGACUUUAUAUGAAAUAUGGUGCUCACACCCUUGCCUAUGAUGCAUUUUGACCUCCUUUUAAAUCGUAAAGAAUCAAAAUGGCACGUUUGUGCAGUAGGAUGUCAGAAAACAAAACGACUCCAAAGACAGCAUGUUUACAAAGCCAAUUCCAUUAUCAAACUAAAAUGUACAUUUCACACAGUGGUUUAUUUAUUCACUCUUAACUAUUUUGGGGUGAAAAAAGGCUAGAGUGGGUAGCCUGCAAUCGUUUUUACAAGGGUGACAAUGCCUUUACUGUACGUAUCAAUGAUAUUGGUUAGAUUUUGUAUUGUUGAAUUACUGUCCACUCUUCCCUGUGAUAGAUGCCCUACAUUUGACUGAUACAGUCCUAUGAAAAGCUUUAUGUUGUAAUAAAGUUUUGUAGAAUAAAGCAAGGACUUAAUCAGUAUUAACCACAAAGCCAUUUUCAGACAUGUUUUUUGUUUGUUCUUUAUUUUCUGAUUUUAUAAGUAUCUUUUCCAGUAACACUCUUCCUUUAUAAACAAAAUAAAAUAACAGAACGUU